AUGUCAUUCGAUGCCUCCGCCUCAUUAACGAUCUCCGAUCCAAACGCGCGCGCUCUCAGCUCCUCAUGUUUCGACUUCCUCCUUAUAGAAUUGGUCCCCAUGGCCGAGCGCCUGGCAAAGCAGUUGUCAACGUCAACAGAAGAGACCGAACCCGAAGAUGAAGAGGUUAGGGAAUCAACUUACUUUCGUCUGGAUACUUUGGGAUAUCGUGUUGGUCAGGGGUUAGCGGAGAGGUUCUCUCGAGAUCGCCCUCGUUUCACCGAUAACCUCGACGUCAUCAAAUUCUUGUGCAAGGAUUUAUGGACCGUUCUGUUCAGAAAGCAGAUUGAUAAUUUGAAAACAAACCACCGAGGUGUAUACGUCUUGACAGAUAGCGCAUUCCGACCCUUUGCGAGGAUGAGCAUGGCUGCACGAGGUGAUGCGGUAUCAAUGGCGCAAGCGUAUCUCUGGUUUCCCUGCGGAGUAAUUCGAGGCGCAUUAGCGAACCUUGGAAUCAAUGCCACUGUGCAAGCAGAGACGUCGGAAUUGCCGGGAGCUACGUUCCAGAUUAAGACUGUUCAGGCGAGGCCUUGA